GUUGGCGACAGAAAAGUUUAAUAUCGAAGCUAUCACUUCCGUUUAGACAGGAAAAGGAAGUUAUGGCGACUUAUGCGUCACAUGGAAGACAUGGACACAGAGAGUGCCAACGAUGUAGUGUACCGCCAUCCCCAGGUCAUCUCGCUGGAAGACUUGUCCGGUCGGAAGCCGGACGCGCUGCCGGCGGGCGCGGGCGGCGCGCGCUCGGCCAGCGCCGCGCUGGAGCUGGGCCGGCGCCUGCUGCUGGCCGCGCGCGCCGGCGACACCGCGCUCGUGCUCGACCUCAUGGCCAUGGGCGCGCCCUUCACUAACGACUGGCUGGGCACGUCGCCGCUGCACCUGGCGGCCAGCAACGCGCACGUCGAGACGUGCGGCGUGCUGCUACGGGCGGGCGUGUCGCGCGAGGCGCGCACCAAGGUGGAGCGCACGCCGCUGCACCUGGCCGCGUACGCGGGGCACGCGGAGGUGACGCAGCUGCUGCUGGCGCACGGCGCGGCGGUGGACUGCCGGGACAUGCUGCGCAUGACGCCGCUGCACUGGGCGGCCGAGCGCGGGCACGCGGGCGCGGCGGCGGCGCUGCUGCGGCACGGCGCGGACGCGGCCGCCGUCAACAAGUUCAAAAGGACGCCGCUGCAGCUGGCCGCCGCUAAGGGCCACGCGCAUAUCCUGGCUCUCAUCGACGAGGAGCUCAAGCUGCGUGAGACUGCGCCCUCCGUUCGCGCGCUCAUGCCAGAUCGUCAAGUGGAAGAAACUACGACGACGACGACGACGAUUGAAAUCCCACGAGCGAUACCGUUCACCACUGUCCCGACGAAGCCCAUACCGGAAAUAAAAAUCAAGCCAAAACCGGCCCAAGAAAAACAAGCGAAGCCAGAAGCCAAAACGGAAAAGCCGGAGAGCAGCACGCAGGGCCGCGCGGGCGCCGCGGCGCUGCUGCAGCGGCACGGCAUCACGCUGCUGCCGCCCGACACCACCACCACCGUGCUCAGCGCGCUGCAGAGCGGACGCACCGUCGUGCUCUCCGACGCCGGCAAGCUGAUGCUGAAGGAGAGCGAGGAGCCGGCGCCCGCGCCCGCGCCCAAGCCGCGCGGCAUGGUGCUUACUGCCACGCCCGUGCGGACCACGCCCCACGGCGUCAAGGUAUUCACGGUCAACAACCGGGCCUCGACGAGCGGCGACACGCGCCCGCGAGCUAAGGUCAUGACUCCGCAGGAUCUCCAGCAAGUGAAGAUAGUGCAGCUGGCGAGCGACGCGCGCGUGCUGCCGGCGCCCCGCGUGCGGCGCCUGCGCGCUGCCCCCGCGCCCGCCGCCGCCGCCCCCUUCAAGAUCAUCAUGAACAAGUCCAACUUCGAGCGCCUCGUGGCCGGCGCCAAGCCCGACGCCGCCGACCGAGCGCCGCGAGCCGUGCCCGCGUCCACGCCGAUAGUGGUCUCGCAGAAGUGA